AUGACUGAGUCCAUUUCUGAAAGUCUAGCUUCUGGUCACAACGACACAGAGCUUCCGGAGGUCAGUCUCUCGAGCUCCAGAGAGUCUGUUUCCAAUGUUGCGAUCGAGAAGUACGAAGACGACUACAUCCCUGCCUUGGACUAUUUCAAGGAGACCUUCAAUGAUCCUGUUUCCAAAGCCGGCAGAUACGUUAAGUCGUUGUUCCCGAUUUUAGGCUGGAUUGGCCACUAUCCAUUUACUCCGUCCUGGGUUUACAGUGACUUUGUUGCCGGUGUGACCGUUGCCAUUGUCCUGGUGCCCCAAUCCAUGUCUUACGCCCAAUUGGCCGGCUUGUCUUCCGAGUACGGACUGUAUUCGUCGUUUGUUGGUGUUUUAUUCUACGCCCUCUUUGCCACGUCCAAGGACGUUUCUAUCGGACCGGUUGCUGUUAUGAGUUUGGAAGUCGGAAGACUUAUUGCUCGUGUGCAAGACAAGCACGGAGAUGAGUACUCUGCCCCAGAGAUCGCCACCAUGGUGGCACUGUUGUGUGGUUCUAUUACCCUCGGUAUCGGUCUUUUGAGACUCGGAUUCAUCGUCGAGCUUCUUUCCUUGCCGGCCGUGCUUGCCUUCAUGUCCGGUUCCGCUUUCAACAUCUUUGUUGGACAGGUCCCAUCCUUGAUGGGUUACAAUAAGCUCGUCAACACCAGAGCUUCAUCAUACAAGAUUGUCAUCGAAACGUUGAAACAUUUGCCACACACCAAGGUCGACGCCGCUUUCGGACUGGUGUCUCUAUUUAUUCUCUACGCCUGGAAGUUCACCACUUCGCGUCUGUACAGACGUUAUCCAAGACAGAAGAUCUUCUUCUACCUGGAACAGCUGAGAACCGCCAUCGUCAUCAUCUUCAGUACCUUGAUCAGUUACCUCAUCAUUAGACACCACAAGACCAAGCACGCCUUCAGUGUCAACGGAAAUGUUCCUUCUGGACUGAAACACGUUGGUGUCAUGAGCACUCCACCCCGUUUGGCCAGCGACAUCGCUUCCGACCUUCCGGCUGCAACCAUCAUUCUGGUGUUGGAACACAUCUCUAUCUCCAAGUCUUUUGGAAGAAUCAACGACUACAAGAUUAACCCUAACCAAGAGCUGAUUGCCAUUGGUGUCACCAACCUUAUUGGAACGUUCUUCAACGCCUACCCAGCCACCGGAUCUUUCAGUAGAACUGCUUUGAAGGCCAAGUGUGGUGUCAAGACUCCGUUUGCUGGUAUUUUCACCGGAGCUUGUGUGUUGCUCUCCAUUUACUGUUUCACCGAUGCUUUCUACUACAUUCCUAAAGCCGCUCUGUCGGCCAUUAUUAUGCACGCUGUUGGCGACUUGCUUGCCUCUUACAAGAUCACCUGGAACCUGUGGAAAGUGCAACCUCUGGACUUUGCCAUCUUCAUCAUCGGUGUCAUCAUCACUGUGUUUGCGUCGAUCGAGGACGGAAUCUACUUUGUUGCCUGUGCCUCUGCCGCUUCCCUGCUGUGGAAGCUGUGUAAGCCAAACGGAACGUUCUUGGGAAGAGUGCGUGUUGUCGAGGUGGUGGACCCUGUGCUCACCAACCCUGAAGACGGCUCCUACGACGUUUCCAACAAGAAGGCUGCCGAGAGAAUUGUCACCAGACCCGUUUACAGAACACACUACAGAUGGGUUCCAUUGCAGCACAACAACCCAUACGGCAGCUCGCGUGUGCACACCGAGUUUGUCAAUGAAAAGGUGUAUGUUGCUCCGCCUCCACCAGGAGUGAUUGUUUUCCGUCCUGCUGAGUCGUUUGUGUACACGAACUCGUCGAGACAGAUCGACCUGGUGCUGGACGAGGUGAAGCGUGUGACGAGACCGGCUCUCGUCAAGACAGAAAAGACGUUCAACAACCCAGGACCAUUGAAGAUCAAUUGGCUCAACAAGGUGAGAAAGACCACCAAAGAACACGUUCCAGAGACCAGACCGCUUUUGAAGCUGCUCCACUUCGAUUUCACGCAGGUGACGUCUGUGGACGCGACGGGAGUGCAGGCCUUGAUCGAUCUGAAAAAGACGAUCGAUAUCUAUUCGGGCCAGUCUUACGAGAUCCACUUCUCGGGAAUCAUUAACCCAUGGGUCAAGAGAGCGCUUAUUAACGGAGGAUUUGGACGCAAUGUCCACGAAGAUAGACACGAGGAGUAUCCGACUGCAGACGAGUCUGUGGAGGAGGAGCUCGAGGAGAUUGAGGCCAAGCCAAGAGUGCGCGAGGUUGACAGACACGUUCUGGAAGCCGGUCUUGGACCUAACUCCUCGAACGUGGUGUAUUCGCUCACGGGAACGAAUUACCCAUGUUUCCACUUCGACAUUCCUUCGUACACCUAUUUGGAUGAGUAG